UUCUACGCAGGCCAAAAUUUUCGUGGCUACUUCAGAAUCCGAGAAUCGGAUCGACUACAGCUAUGCUGACAACCACUGCAACAUCAGCCAUGCCCUGCAGAGAAGACCUCGUGGUGUGUCAUGACGACUGCUGUGACAGAGAGACUCAGUUCUGCAACGACCGCGAGAUGCGAUGUCAGAGCUGUAGUGACAAACAGGUGUUGUGUGGCAACUCUACCAUGCCUCCAGCCUGCGAUCUCUUCUGUUACAAGCUCCAGCAAGACUCCACAGCACCUCCUCAGUGCACCGACAGAGAUGGGACUGCUCAGGAGUUCUCACCCCUGAUGAUUGCAGGAAUGGUAUCUCUAGGCAUUCUUGUUCUUAUGGUCCUUUUCCUGCUCUACAAUUUUAUUUUCCGGAGAAAGUUACUGACAAAGAUCAUAAAAAUGUGGCUCAGUGGAAAAGACGAUAACAAGAAGUGUACCCCAGACGAUCAAGAACAAACAAUUCCUCUAACAGAAAGCGUUAAUGACAAACAGCUUGGUCAAGGGGAAGCGCAGACAUCCCAACCCAUACCCCGGGUAAGCGAGCAAGAGACGAGCGGACCUUCUGGAUCAUCCAACGGAAAUGCCGACACCUCGGCUUUGGGUGUCCGCAGCACACCAGACACACCAACACAGGUAAAAACCUGCGAGUUCGACAACCCCGUCAACCACGUCAGCAAGGUUCAUCCAGCACAGCCCUACACCGCUAGCAAAGUCUUCCCAACAUCUUCCGAGACCAGUCCGACAGCAUGUAUGAAUGGCUUCAGCAACAUCAUUCCAGCUGAAGACAAAGCAAGCAGCCCUCAACUACCUACUGUGGGUAUAAAAAACCCAGCCAGAUCCUACAUGAAGGACUUCUAAACAUUUUGCCAAAAGCACUGCUUACAAGAUGUAUCUUGUCAUUUUUUACUGGUUUAUGUUUGUUCUUUUCUGCCGUUAAAUUACUUUUUUUCGUACAGAAUCGUAAAAUUCAAUUGUGUGUGCAGCAAAAGACGACUGUUAUUUUAUUCCAUUUUAAACAAUACGAUGGACAUCAUGUGAGCUGCCACACUAACCCUCUCGACCAGUGGUGGGCAAAGUACGGCCCGCAGACGUCUUCCAACCGGCCCGUCUGCCAAAACGUGAAAUUUUCAAUUUCUAAAAUUCAGCUUGGUUAAUUUGAUUGAAAUUUAAUUUAUCAAGUACAACAGCGUUAGAAGUCGUUAGCAGUCAUGGUGUGGGUCUGGUUGUUGUUAGCAGUCAUGGUGUAGGAGACUACAUGUUCACUCCUCACUCAGUUUGGCCCGAGAUCCCCACAUCACCCUUCUCCUGAUAAAAGUUUUGGGAACAAUAUCGGCAGUUAACCUGCACUCCGUGAACUUUAGUGAAACGAUUUCAGAUUUGUACCUGUUUUUUUUCAGUUUGUGGAAACAUUCCUUUAUUUAUUUUAUUUAUUUUUAUUUCAGAACCCGUGAAGAACACGUAUUUCUUUUGUUAAGCACUGCUUUUAGGCCCUAGGUCACCCAGGGUUUGUUGUUAGGAUGAAGCACAAACUGUUUUGAUGGAAUGGUGCAAUCUACACAAAAGGAGAUAUAUGAAGAGAUGGUGUUUCCUAAGUCGUCCAGAUUAGGACAUGAUUCUAAAAAGACAUCCCAGUUAGUACAUUCAAAACAGCCUUGUAAGCUGGCAACACUGUCUGCGGUCCAGCAUUUAGCGUAUUGAAUUGUUCGGUUUGAAAUGUCUGUGUGAGUAUGUAUGCCUGCCCUUGUGAGCAAAAGAAAAAUUUCUGUCUUGGGUAUCCUGGACAGACAAUAAAGUCUGAUUUGAUCUGAUUUGAUUUACACUGUGGUUUUCAUGAUACAUGCGUAACGGUCCGGUGGCGCAACGGUUAGCGCCUGUCACCAAUACAGUGAAAGCUAGCUGCCCAGAGUUCAUUUCUCGUCUCGGGCAUGCUGUUCUUUCUCUGCACAUGGCAUCUGUUUACGGGGCUGGCUGCUUGCCGUAAUAUAGCCUCAGUUGCUGGCUCGGCGUAAAACACCAAUUCCCCUUCCCCCUCAUGAUACAUCGGUGCAAACUAAAGCUUUAGAAAAAAAUAGCAAAGGCAGCUUUGAUUAAAGCAGCUUUGUUUGAAAUACAUUUUUAAACGAAAACUAUAUUUUAUAGAUUUCAUUAUUAAGUAUUUCACAUUUAUCAGGCUUUGUCUCUGUCGCGUGUCAGACAUUUUUCUAUGCCUACCUUUUUCUCAACGCUUGUGAUGCACCGGUAACAGAAAGGAUUGUAUAUAUAUAUUGUAUAUAACGCCAUUUUAAAGUGCCAACUGUUUGGAUCCAUUACUGGAUUCCAUUGACGAUCACUAUUUUGCAGUUUCAUAUGAUGACAUUUCUCAAUAUUCUCAAGAUUACUCAUUAUCUUGCCAGUACUCUCCUGAUGUCACCAACCUUAUUCUCUGUAGCCGCUAC